AUGCCAAUAACUGCGAUGUUUAGCUAUCCGCUGGUCGCCGGCAGCGACGUUAGCGAUCCGUGCAGAGCCGCUGAAGGCGAGAUGAUGAAAGACCUUGACACGAAGUUCGAAAAAUACUCUCCCCGACAUGUUUACUUCGGCCGGCAGAAUGAACGACCUGACAUGCUUGAAGCCCUGAUUACCUACGAAAGUGCCAAUAACGACAAAGACUGGUCCAGCGAACGUAAGGAAAGCGUGGAGAAAAACAAUACUGAAGCAGACGCAAGAUGUCAUGUCGAGUUGAAUCCUUACGACGACCUGGAGCAGGGUCUCAAUUGUCCUGUCACCGAAGUAGCCACGUUCUAUUUCUCUGGGGAGCCCCUAGCAGAGUAUCUCAACGUCUUUUCUGAAUUCCGCGCCGCGGCGGCAGACGAGAAGGGCUGUGGUCUACUUGCAUCGGCAGGAGGCAUCGCAGAGGAAGAGAUGGAGUUCAACGGAUCGAAGGGAAAGGCAGCAGUAUUCGUUGCAGGCUGGCGGUCUGUGGAGGCACACAAGGACUUCCAGAAUACGAACACGUUCAAGGAACAUAUGCCCAAGAUGAUGCACUGGAUUGGGAAAGUCGACGUAUGCCAUGUGUCGUUCCGGCGACGGGUAUGA